UCGCUUAAAGUGGUUGCCCACUUUAAUUCAAAAUAUAUAAUUUUAAUAACAAAUGUGUCUAAUUUAAUACAAACACAAUAAAAAAUAAAAAAAAACUUUAAGAAUCAAAUUUUAAUAAAAAUUUUAUUUAUGUGAUAGCAUUACAACAAAUAAACCAGUUUUUAAAAAUAUGAAGAUUUAAACCUAUCUAUUCUAUUGACCGCGUCUGUGUGCAUAAACAAAUGACUGUUCUUAUAAUUUAGCUUAGCGAAGCAAAUCAAGAAAAUGAGUUCUUUAAAGCUUUCGCUGUUAGAGGAGUAGUAUUUUAGCAUGUGACUACAGCCCCAUUAAAAUUAAAAUAAUAUAAAGCAUACCCACAUCUGGUUUAAUACAAAAUCAACAACCUAAAUUUAUAAAGACUCCGGUUUUUGGAAAAAACAAGACACGCAAUUUUAAGAUCGAGACACAAUGAGUUUGCAAUUAAGCUGUGACCGGCCUGCCACGCCCCCGCCCUCGUACUCGGAGGCGAUGGGCUGGGAUCCACCUGGAUCGUCAAGACUGACCCCGCAGGACUUUACAGGUCGCACAUCGAUACUUACAAUCUGUUCCAAGUGCCUGGACGAGAUUGAGACCACCACAGUAACCCGCCGCGGAAAUGCUGCAUACGUUGCCUCCUUCAUAGUCAUGUUAACCACUUGUGGACUGGGAUGCUGGCUGCUCCCUUGCAUCAUCAAUGGAUUCAAUGAGGUUCAUCACACGUGUCCAAGCUGCAAGGCGUCCCUGGGGAUCGUCCGCCUAUGAGAUCUGGUGAAAAGUUUCCAAAUGCAGCAUUUAUUUAAUACAAUUUCAUUACAAUCGGAUGAACUUUUUCAAAUCAUAGAUUUAAUUUUAAGUUAAAAAUUUUAAGGAAAUAAAAUGCUUAAAAAAAAACUUUAAAAAUAUUCAUAUAUAAAAGAUUGUGUGUAUAAAAUGUGUUGAAUGUAUGUAUAUAAAGUUUGCAGCUUAAAAACAAUAUAUGUAUAUGUGAAGUGAGC